UCCGCCUUGGCGAGUAGUCGGAAGUGUUUUCACGAUGGACCGGUAAGCUCUAAACGUGCUUAACGUGUCUGAAAUUCUGGAGUUUCAUUUAAAACAUUUAAGCACUAUUUAGACGUCCAAGACAUGGCGUCACGGAGUUACGCCGCCUGUGUUCUCUGUCAGUGGGCGGCUGUGGUGAAGACGAUAAACAGGGGAAUGAGUGCAGCUGCCCACCUACAGUCCCAGGCAGAUUUCCUGAAAGGAGAACCACACAAGAAGCACCCAGGUGUGACCAACCUGAAAACUCUGCGACUCCCUGAGGAGCUCCAGGUGGCAGCACAGUCGAUCAUUCACAGAGCUCAGGUGACUCGUCUCCCCGAACGCACUCAGAAACUCACAAACUUCCUGUGGAGCCGGAAACGAGCUGUCGAGGAUUUGUCUCUGAGGCAGAAAGCUGUGGGUCUGGAGAAAAAGCUCUGGGAGAAAGCAAUGCAGAAGGGUGGAGAUAUUGAUGAGGAGGCGCUGGACGAUCGCAUCAGGAAGAAGGUUUUCUCAGAGCUCAGAAGAACGACGUAUCACUGGACUCCACUAAAGUUUGAUGAAGAGCUGGGUGUGGUGUACAUGGCGGCUCGGCUGGCUGGAGGCUACGCAGCAGUGAGGAGAGCUUUGAAUGAGAUAAAGAAGCGAGAUCCUUCAUUUGCUCCUCAGUCUCUUCUGGAUUUUGGUUCAGGCCUGGGAACCGUUGUCUGGGCGUGCCACUCAUUCUGGGACGACUCUUUGAAGGAGAUGGUGUGUGUGGACAGCUCUGGGCCGAUGAACAUUUUGGCUGAGCGACUUCUCAAAGGUGAUGAUGAAAGAGCUGAGCCUCACAUCAAACAAGUCUAUUUCCGACAGUUUCUCCCCGUCUCUCCUAAGGUGCAGUUUGACUUGGUAGUCGCAGCUUUUACCCUAUCAGAGCUUCCCAGUGUGAAAGAUCGAGAAGAGGCGGCAUUCACUCUGUGGAGAAAGACCAGCUCGUAUCUGGUGCUGGUGGAGAACGGGACCAAAGAGGGCCACCAGAUGCUUAUGGAGGCCAGAGACACUUUAAUAAAUAAACAAGAGAAGACUGUCUAUGACUUCAGACCUGCGUCAGUUUUUGCUCCGUGCUCUCAUAAACUCAUGUGUCCUAAACUGACCCGAGAACCCAUCACACCCUGCAACUUCCAGCAGAUGUACCACGCUCUGCCUCUGCCCGGGCACAAUCACCGUCAGACGGAGAAGUUCAGCUACCUGAUUCUGAGUCGGACAGAACCAUCGCAGAUAGAACCAGAAGGUGUGAGCUGGGCGAGGCUGAUCUCUCCGGUGCUGCGUAGAAACAGACACGUCCACUGUCACAUGUGCUGCCCUGAUGGACAACUGCAACACAAAGUGGUGACGGCAAGAAAACACAGCAGAGAUGUGUACCGCUGUGCUCGGAGCAGCGACUGGGGAGAUCAAAUGCCGAUCGUUCAGAAUGUCGAGGAAGACGUCCACAGUGACUCAGAGGGAUGAUUUAACCUUGAAGAUAAAAUAUUUGGAAUUUAGAAACAAGGAAAUCACCCUGAAGCUGCUGGUUACACAGAACAUCCACAUUUCCUCGCUGAAGUUUUUUAAAUACUGACUCAUAUAUAUAGCUGGUCUCAUAACGCUACUUUGUGCAACUUAACUGUGUUCCACCUUCAAUAAACCAGUUUGUUUUACAAGCA